CUCCAGGCUGAGGUAUUAGCGGUAUGACGCCUUCUUAGCCAUGACACCCCACACACUAGUUAUCGCUUUAGCAUUAGCUUUACUUCCACAAGACUCAGAGCAGGGACCCCACGAAAAACGAUUGCUCCACACCCUUCUUGACCACUAUAAUGUUCUAGAGCGCCCCGUAGCUAACGAAUCGGAUCCUCUUCAACUCAGCUUUGGACUGACGCUAAUGCAGAUCAUAGACGUGGAUGAGAAGAAUCAGCUUCUAAUUACAAACAUUUGGUUAAAACUGGAAUGGAAUGAUGUUAAUCUACGGUGGAACGCCAGCGAAUUCGGCGGAGUUAAGGACUUGCGGAUUCCACCGCAUAGGAUAUGGAAGCCAGACGUUCUCAUGUACAACAGUGCGGACGAAGGCUUCGACGGGACAUAUCCUACAAACGUCGUUGUGAGGAACAACGGCAGCUGCCUCUACGUGCCUCCCGGGAUAUUCAAAAGCACCUGCAAAAUAGACAUAACAUGGUUCCCUUUCGACGACCAGAGGUGCGAGAUGAAGUUCGGGAGUUGGACUUACGAUGGGUUUCAGCUGGAUUUACAGCUACAAGACGACAAUGGGGGAGAUAUUACUAGUUUUAUAACGAAUGGAGAGUGGGAAUUGUUAGGUGUACCUGGGAAACGGAACGAAAUCUACUACAAUUGCUGUCCUGAACCCUAUAUAGAUAUCACAUUCGUUAUUAUUAUCCGUCGAAGGACGCUCUACUACUUUUUCAAUCUGAUCGUUCCGUGUGUGUUGAUCGCCUCAAUGGCAGUACUCGGAUUCACCCUGCCACCGGAUUCGGGCGAAAAACUUUCGUUAGGGGUGACUAUACUGUUGUCGCUGACUGUGUUUCUUAACAUGGUAGCUGAGACGAUGCCAGCCACCUCGGACGCCGUUCCCCUUCUAGGAACAUACUUCAACUGUAUCAUGUUCAUGGUGGCUUCAUCCGUUGUUUCUACAAUAAUAAUCCUCAACUAUCACCAUCGCAAUGCCGACACACAUGAAAUGUCGCCUUGCGUCAAAUCGUUGUUCCUUCAUUGGCUUCCAUGCCUGCUGCGGAUGAGCCGACCAGGCCAUAAUGAAAAUGGAGACGCUCCAAGAAAGUCGUUGCAGAUGCACACGUUAGAAUUAAAAGAAAGGUCUUCAAAGAGUCUUCUAGCGAAUGUUUUAGACAUAGAUGAUGACUUCAGACAUGGGCCUUUGCAAACAUCUAGUCAUACAUACAUUCGGGCUCAUGAGGAAGAAAGCUCCGGUAUGCCUGGAAGUGUGAUCCAUUCGCAAGGAAUGGUACCUUGUUUAGGACCACACAGAGAGCUGGGUCAGAUCCUUAAAGAAUUAAGGAUGAUAACAGACAAACUGCGGAAAGAAGAUGAAGCGGCAGAAAUCACAAAUGAUUGGAAGUUCGCUGCAAUGGUUGUUGAUAGAUUGUGCCUAAUCAUAUUCACUUUAUUUACUGUCAUAGCUACUAUCGCAGUAUUAUUUUCAGCUCCCCAUAUCAUUGUUACGUAACUUAAAAAUUAUCUGUCCCUCGGACAUCUUGGAAGCUAUCUUGGUAGGGGCUCGGUUGAGAUACUCGUCCCUGAUUUGCUUAAGUCUUCCAAUGCAGUCCAUUUCGGCAGUCGAACCCCCAUUCCUAUCACAACUUAUUUUAUAUUACCAAACAUAAAAGAAAACUGCUCAUUCUUUCUUAGAAUGUUGUCAAUUUAGUUGUAAUUAUUGUUCAUAUUUUAUACUAAACAUACUGUCGUAAUUGACACCCGAUUGAAUACCUUUCUGUAUAUAGAUCAAAUAAUGUAUAUUAUCUAAAUUUAUAGCAACAUUAACUGCCAGUAUUUAAUCAUAAUUCAAUAAGCCAAGAUAGUUUCACUUCCAUGACGUUGGGACACUAAGUUGACUAAUAUAGGUUUACCUAUAUAUAGUUAGUUAUAAAUAUUGUUGACUUAUUGUAUAU